UUGGUCCUGGGGAAAAUGGGGUUUGGGUGUAAAUCUAGGGUGUAUUGCUGUCAUAUAUCACGCUACCUCGUAAAAACGACACUGAAGAUUCUUGCUCAACAAAUCACUGUGAAAAAAUGAGUUCUUAUUAUGUGGAUGGUCUUUUUAGCAAAUAUACGGCAAGCGGUUCUUUCUUUCCAAACGCAGACCGUGGUUCGUCCUCUCUUGGACCUGGUGGAGAAGGACCCACAUCGGCUCACGGAGCCGCACUCUCUGCUUUUCCACCAUCCCUGCCCGGAGUUUACAACGUAAAUAAUGCUAUCUACCAGAGCCACCCGAUGUUUUCCCCUGGUUAUGGCCAGGCGCAGGACGUACACGGUAUGCACUGCACCUCUUUCGACCAAAGCCGUCUGUUCGGGGACAGCUGCGUCCAGCCGGGGCCUGGGCCCCUCAACUCGCAGGCGGACAAACACUACCGGAUGUACCCCUGGAUGAGAACAUCAGAUCCGAACCGAAAGCGUGGACGUCAGACCUACUCCCGGUACCAGACGUUGGAGCUAGAGAAAGAGUUUCACUUCAACCGGUACCUAACCCGCCGGAGGCGCGUGGAGAUAGCACACGCGCUGUGCUUGACUGAACGCCAGAUCAAAAUCUGGUUCCAGAACCGGAGGAUGAAGUGGAAGAAAGAUCACAAGGACGAGUCCUCGAGCUCGACUCCCGGUGCCACGGUGGGGGAAUUAAACGAGGACGGUGAUGGUGAUCUGCUAUCCGACGAAAAGUCUAAGGCCGAAGGAGCAGAGCAAGGAGACUCCGCUCCAGCCGAUGUGGUUUCAGAAACCCCUGCAAGAGAAGGAGAUGGAGACGUAAAGGCUAUUAAUAAAAGGAACAAUUCCUAAAUGUUUGUAUCUACCAUUAAGGAAGUGUUUAUAUCCUGUUUCCGAAUGGAUACACUCUAUUCGAUCAUGCUAUUUAAAAAAUGCAGGGCAGAAAUUGAGAAACACCUUGUGUAGCAUUAAAACAUGGCUACCUGAAGAAAAACAAACAUGGCUACACACAUGAUACUACCUACCUAUACAGUAUUAUUGAUUACAUUUUGCUAUUUUAAUGGGAUAAAGGCUUAAACCUACUGUACUUGUUUUAUGCGUGUAAUAAUUAAUGUUAUUCGUCGAAAAAUAUCUAAUAUUGUACUACUGAAAUUACAUUCCUGAACAGAGAACUACCUAGCGCGACAGAUGCAUCUAAGCAACUUCCGAAUUUACCUCCAUUUCCAAAUCAUUUCUAUAAAUUUUUUUCGCACUCUGUCUCUAUUAUAAAGGGAAAAUAAAUGAAAAUAUUGCGAAAAAUUGCCUUAGUUGAUAAAGUAUCACGGGCAAAUACGGCUUUAAUGUUUUCCUGUCCCUUACUGUAUGUAUAUUGCGCUGAUGUCUGUGACUGCUCGCCGUAUUAUAUGUUCGAUAUUGUUGGAGCUUGUCUUUUUGGGCCAUCUAGAGAUUGUAAAAAAUAUUGGCAUGAUUUCAAAAGUGCAGUGUAAUAAAUAAAAUGCAAAUAAUUGUCGAAUUUGUAUAUCCUACCUUAGAUGUUAAGUAACAGACUGGACAUACGCUUUCUCACUAACAUUCAGCACUGUAUACGUUAUGGCAUGUGUGAAAUGUGAAACUCCGUGUUUUUGUCGAUUACUCUACUUAUAGGUUAAUAUUGGUUGAUGGACGUUAAUGUCUGCUUUAGCGUUUGUGUUUGAUCUGAAGGAAGGGAAGUAAUCUGUUAUCUAGAGAAUCGCUCCAACAUGAAAAAUUGGUGGAAUUAGACCCUAAUAGCUUUGCCUUUUGCGGUUUUCCAGUAUUAAUAAUUGUAGAACCAUUACGUUUUGAAAAUAGAUUAUUAUCCAAUUUCCUGUAAGUCAAAAAAUAUGUAGUCAUAAACCAUAUAACCAAAAUGUUGGGAAAGCACAUAUCCAGCGUGGGUAAAACUCUUUUUUUCCAGUUAUAUUUAGUAAAUGUUGAACAUUUAAGGCAUUUGUUUUCAUAUGACAAGGAAUAUUGACAACUCAGGCUAUGAAUAGCUCGACUAUUACGUAGGAACAGUGACCCAUCUAUAUCUGACCUAUUCAGUAAGAACAGUAGAAAGACAUGAAGAAAUCAAAGACGUGUGUUUAAUAAAUAGGCUGAAGUAUGCCAACUAUAAAGCACGAGACGGUGCUUAGAUUUUUUUUAGUUCUCUUAAUGGGACAGUCCAAUAACGUUUUCUGUACAUGGUGCCUUUUUUCAAAAAAUGUGUACUGUGUGUAUGUAUCU